AUGGAACCGUCAUCACGGACGGUAGAGUUCCUCCUGGGACCAGCUAUCAGCUAUAUACCAACCAGCGACUUAAAAGCACUAACACUCACUCGAAACCCAAAGGACAAGAAUGCACGCGACAGCUCCAAACCCCACUCCUCAUGGCAUCUCUUUCGCGCCGAUUUCAUCACCUCCAAGAUCUCCGCCAUCCCCAAGUUCGCUCUUGGCCACAAGCCAGUGCGAAUCGAAAUCCACCUCCACAGCUCUGCUAACAGACAAGAGCCGUGGCGAUCCAUGAGGCCGAGCUUCGCAUCCAUGACACCUGGCAGCGGGGGUAGCUCUGCUUUAGCGGAGCAUAUCCUCGCGGCACUAGAAGUGUGGUCGACCAAUUUCGACAACUUCGAGAACACAUACAUGAAUAUGCCAUUCGGCUCUAGAAUCAACAUUGAAAUAUUAGCGGAGAACGUCCGUGAUAUGCAGAUUAGCUUUGAAGCAAACUACGAGCUCGAGCUCCAGUGGCGUACACACAAGCACCUCCAAACAAUGUGGAAGGUGCAACCAGACCAUCUCCCCCCUGUUAUUGAUCUAUCGGAGCUUCAGCUCGUAACAGAGCUGCAUGAAACGGUCCAUCUCGUCACACUCAGAGACAACCCCAGCGAAAAACUCGUCUUCAAGUCGACCACAGGAAACCCUCGCUUCCUAUACCGCGAGCUGCUCCUUCUCCUCUCGGUUAAACCACACCCCAACAUAAUAUCACGCCCGGUACACAUCGUCACCAAGAAGGUAAACUUCGGAGGCAAAAAAGGCAUAUGUGGCUUUCUCCUCGAGUUCCACUCAGGAGGGACACUCGCAACAAGAAUAACCUCUAAACCUGCCAACACUAUCAACCUGGGAACCAAGGUCCGAUGGGCGUACCAGCUCGCCUCCGCGCUUGCACAUGUUAAGACAUCUUCUAUGGGAUACUACUCCGACCUGAAGCUGGAUAACAUCGUUCUCAGGGAGUCAAAGAAUGGCGAGGACGCCAUGCUGAUCGAUUUUGAGCAGCGCGGAUCGUGGGCCUCGUGGUCGCCGCCGGAGAUUAAUAAACUCAUGCUCCUGGUGUAUCUGGCUACGCGAAGAUCGAGUUAUAUCCCACGCGCAGUGGGGAGGAAGUAUCGCGCGCUCUUGGAUAGGUAUCUUCCUUCGUGGAGGGGCCACCAUCCACUGGGGCCUGGGAAUGGAGGUGGGAGUCCACAUACAGAUGUUGAUCCAGAGUCGGAUAUGGAUAUCGGGUAUAACAAGAGCUGGAGGGCUCUCUCGCCUGACGAGCGAGACCAUGCUGUUGUUUUCAUGUUCGGACGGAUUCUGUGGUGUAUUUUUGAAGGAAGGGCGAGCGCAAACGCAGCUGAGUUCUUUGGUGGGGAUGUAUUUAGGGAGGUGGAUUCUGAGCAUCGCUUCCCGGAUUUUCGAUAUACUCCUGAGCAUGUACAAGAUCUUAUCCGGGAGUGUACGCGGGGAGCGCCGGAGUGGGCUGGGUUAAAACGGUGUAUCCGGACCGUUGGGAAUGUUGUGUACGAUGCACGUAGCACGAUGAAAGAGGACGUUGAGAGUGAGGCUCGUGCUGCUGUGGAUACGCUCCGAAAAUGGUGGAGUGAGAGAAUCAGAGAGGCUAGGGGCUACCUUGUUCAGCGGGCAGUUGAUCUGAACGCGUGUGAGGAUGCGCGGGUCGCGCGAACUCGCCCGGGGAUCGAACACAUUUUGGAAUCUCUGCGGAAGUAUGGCGAUGGAACGGGAUUUGAAACAGCCAGGUAG